AUGCUCCACGAGAUCCUCCUCUCCCUGUCCGGUCAGCCGUCCCCUAUCUUCGAGCAGCCAGCUAAAGACCGCGGAACUCCCCAGGACGGUUUCCCACUCCUCUCGCCUCAGGAAAAGGCACUGCUCGAACCGAUUGCGCGUCUAAGUCGGCUUCAUGGCUUGCUGAGGGCCCAUUCAGCGCAUAUAUCUUCCUCUCACCCUUCAACCGUCUGUCGCGCCGCCUCAACGACCAUAUCCACUGAGUACCUGGGCAGUUUUCAGGAAAAGAUACUCGAGGUGGAACGAUCGAUACUUGGGAGAGAUGCCGGCUAUGUUGGUGGCUAUGGAAUAGUCCCGCUUUCUACCAUCGUUGGAGAGUUUUCUCCCUGGGUGCGGAAGUUAGAAUGGCUUUGGGAAACAUCGCAAUUUAUGCUGCCGUACGUGUCCAAGGAGGCAAAGACAAAGGAAGCUACAGCCGGUAAAGGAUGCAGUGGUGCUGCUCUCAUCGACUAUCUUCGAACCGAGUCACAGACUGGAUAUACGGAUGUCGAGGAGAUAUCGCUUGGCCUCAUCAAAGCUGCAGAAACGGCCUGGAUGCGCCAGCUCUCCGUUUUCAUACUAUAUGGACGCCUCCCGUCGCUAGGACGAGAUGAUUUCUUCAUCCAGGAAAGCAGUGCAGGCAGUGAUAGGCGCGCUAAUACUACGGAUUUUGUGCUCCAGCCUGAGCUGUUGCCCAAGUUUGUAUCUCGUUCUACAGCUAACUCGAUUCUGUUUGUUGGACGAUCACUAAAUCAUAUACGUGCUCGAGGAAAGUUUCCCGCAGGAGAAGAAGCAAAGCACUCCUCGUCUCAAAUGACACUCCAUGGCGAAUUCAUCCGGUGUCUCUCUUCACUCACUUCUCCCAUAUCAAUGAAUAGCCUAGCUAAUGCAGUCUCGGAAAUACGGCUUGCACUGUCUCAUACGGUCCUCUCGCAGCUACUACCAUUACAUAAAAUAAUGGAAGUUUUAUCAUUGUUGCAUAACUUCCUUCUACUCGGGAGAGGCGAGUUCGCAAUGGCCCUGGUAUCCCAUGCAGACGAGCGAAUUUCAACCAAACACAAGCGAACUUACCAGGCUACCUCUAUCGAAGAAACUAUGGACGUCCUGACCCUCAAGGAGAGCGAGGUGUCUACAGUUCUUACUCAAACAUGGGCGGAACUAUAUUCCAUUUCCAAUGCAGAGGACCCGGUAGAUGAUGAGCUAGAUCUGGCACGAUCCCUGCUACGACUUUCAAUAGAGAAGGGCUCGUCUAUAAGCAAAGACAUGAAAUCUGCGAACCAAACGCUCACAUAUAUUUCCGAUGUCAACUUUUCCGAUAUCUUACUUGGCUCUCCCACAACCCUGUCCCUUCACGUCAAUCCACCCCUGGAUCUCUUCCUUGCUCAAUCCGAUAUGAUCAUAUAUUCCAAGAUUCACUCCUAUCUUCUAGGCAUCCGUCGAGGACAGAUGCGACUUGGUGACUUAUGGAAACGAACCUCCCUUAGAAGAGUUCACCCUUCCCCUUGGGGUCCACCGAUGAGCAAUAAGCCCGGUGGCCGGGCAAACCUCAAGAUCGGUCGAGAAAGGCAGAAGAAACGAGCCGCUUUGAUGCGGCGUGUCUGGGCUUCUGGAAGUGCCGCCUUAUUUGUCUUCUCAGAACUGGGCAGUUACUUGCAGGGCGAGGUCAUUGGCAGCUCCUGGCGCCAUUUUAAUGCAUGGUUGAAUGGCGGCCGGCCUCAAAACUCCUAUGGACAAGGUUCUCGACCUGGAACAGCAUCCUCUUCUACACCCCUAUACCACUCACACGAUCCUGAAACUAUCAACAUUGCUCACCGUACAUAUCUUACCCAUCUUAUCCAGUCCCUCUUCCUAACCGACGUCCCAUUCACUCGCACUCUACGCUCUCUGAUCUCACAUGUUGACCGCUUCGCCUCUCUCCUCGGCCAGCUACAAACUAUCCAACAGAACCUCGACCUUGAAACGGAUGAAGGCGUCUUUGACUCAUUGCAAGAUUACGCCCAAGAUGAAGCAAGAGUAUGGGCUGAGGUUUCCGCUGCACGCACUAAUCUAGAGAGCUCCAUGACAGACCUCAUCGCCAGGCUACGCGACAUAGAUGACCACCGAACCACAAAGGGCAUCACCUCACUGGAUGCUAGUUCCAGGCAUGCAACACCAGAACUCCGUUGGGUGAAGGGGAACGAGGAGACGCUGCGUGGCAGGCAGGGGAAUAAUGCUUUUGUCCCAUGGAGAGCUGCGGGUGUGGAUCGACUGCUGAUGAGACUCGAAUUCGGCGGCGCUAGUGCAGAGGAUAACGGAGGUGAUGUGCUAGACUUUGGGAACACGGUGUUUGCGGAAUAG